UGGUGUGGUUUGGCCCCAGCUCCUUUAGAUGACAGUUCAUGCAGUCAUGCAUUAGCUAAGUUGCUGUGGGUGAGCCAUCCAGCCCAGCUGGGCAGCCGGGAUGGCCUUGGGUUCUGAGAUCCUGAAGAUUCUUCUUCUUUUCUUAAAUUCUGGUGGAGUUCAGGUGUUGGCAACAGGAAAAUCGACUGGUGUGGAAAUAGAUAUCAAAUACGCUAUCAUUGGAACUACACUGGGAAUCAUUAUCUCUGUUGGUUUUCUAGCACUGAAGAUCUGUAUGAUCAGAAAACAUAUGUUUGAUAAUGAUUCCUCAGAUACAACCAGCCGAAGAAAGAACAACAUAAGAUCCAACUUGAAUUCUUCUGACAGAGAUGCUCAAGUGAUUGAACUCUAACCAGCAGCUGUUUUCUGAUGGUUUGUGAUUGGCUUGGACAAGACAUGCUACUACUGUUCCCGUGGUGCCUGUGAAUCAGCACAGAAGUCUAGCAUUCAAGGCUGUUAAUUCACCAGGGAUCUAAGACAACAUAUUUACUGACGAAGACAAAUGAGUAGAGGAAGAGAUUUUUAAAUGCAUUUGCUAUUUACCAAAAAAAAAAAAAUUAUAAUAAAGAGGAAGUACUUUCUUUCCUGGAGGAGGAUGAUGGCUCAUUGUUAGUAGGGUGAGAAGUUGAGUUGUUCUGUUAUUAAUGGGGAUGGAUUUGCACUGACCUGUGCACAAAAUAUUUAAUUUCUUUUAUAACCAACAGCUUACAUUUGCAAGAUGGAUCAUGGGACUAAGGUCUAUUGCUAUUACCAACUCACUCAAGUAUCAAAGCUGCAAGCUUGGCCUCAUCAGCACCGUGGCAUCCCCAUCUGCCUCAUCAACUACCUUCCUCGUUACUGCGGCCUUCAGGACACUGUAUAUAUAUCUCAUAGGACCACAGGAUGAUUGACCUAGAAUUGCAAGGGUCUUCUGAGGCCAUGUAGUCUAACCCCCUCAAUUUACAGAUGACGAAACUGAGGCCCAGAGAAGUUAAUGGACUUACCUAAGUUCACACAGGUUGUAUUAGUGAUGGGAUUUGAAUCCAGGUUCAUUGGAUCUAGAGUUAUUGCUCUUCUUAUUGUAUAACAUCAUUGGCUUAUCCCAGGGACAUUGAACUUGUCACAAAAUCCCAGAGAUAUAAGGAGGGUGAGAUACACAGGGGCUUUGCCUCAGGGAAAUAUAUUUAGAGGGUACUGCUGUACCCUGCAGUCCUUCAGCCUUAUUGAAACAAUGGAGCUUAGCACCUAAGCUGGUAAGAUUAAUUAUCUUAACUAUCAGAAGUGAGAGAGAGAAGGGUGGGAUAAGCUUCUUCUCUGUCUAGUCCCUAUCCCUACUCCCUCAUGCCUCUGCUAGUAGUCUUGACUUCAGGGUCUCCAUCACUCUUCUUUUUCCCAUUCAUCUAAAGCCUUGCUUCACAAAAUUCAUCCAAGGCAUAGUUUGUGGAAUGUGUCCUUGCUUCAAACACUCCUAAUUCCAGCCUUGAUCCAGCCUCCUGGAUACCUGUGUAAUAUAUCUGUGUUUCAGGCACAUUCAGAGUUCCUAACCCUGAAGAACAUGGAGCCUAAGACAGAAUGGAAAGUAGUUGGUAAGAGUUCAACUAUUAUUUUAAGAAAAAAGAAAGAAAUAGAGAAAGGUGGCCAGGUCCUUCGAAGAGGAGUAAACUUUUAGCCAAAAAGUACUGGGUAAAUAAAUAGAAGGGGAAUGUAGUAUCCCAGAAUUAGAAUUGAAGAGGAUGCAAUAAAUUCAUUAGUCCAACCUGCUCAUUGUACAGAUGAGGAAAGUGGGCCGGAGAAAUGACUUGCCCAUGGUGCCACAGUAGCAUCAUAGAAUUGCAGAUAAGAGAUGGAAUGGAUUUUAGAGGCAAUCUAGUCCAGCAGCAAGGCAGGGACUCAGACCCAGGUCUACAGACUCCGAAUCCAAAAUUCUUUCCACCACCCUGUGACCUAGCAAUGAUAGGAUAAGGAUAUCUUGAGAAUCUUUUUAAUCUUCUUUCAAAAAUGACAGGAGGCCCUGUAUCAGAAUGCACCAACUUAUUUCAGGUAUGGCAUGUGGGUUGGGAAGAGCUUGAAGAACCAGUCCAAAUCAAAGGCUAUUGACCAUUUGCCCAUGGUCUUCUCACCACAAAAUAUCUCAUGCCAGGAUUUCUUUUCUCUUCCCAUUACAUUAACCCGGGUGUUUUCAGAACAAUCUACAAAUCUAUUGUAAAAGCAAUGCUUGCUAUAACAGCCCAAGAAAUUGGGAGAUACCAGCCCCGAUGAAGCUAUCCUCUAUGGGGCGUUCCUGCCUGUCUGAGUCUAUGCUCUCCUCAUGCAAGAUGAAAGAUGAGCUGUAUUUCAAGGCAAAGUGUUGUAUGAUAAUAAUUCUCCGGGAUUCCCGGGGUGUCUUUUAUCUGACUUGAUAACAAUGUAGUUCAGCAGCAGCCUUUGUUAACGCAUCACCUAAAGCGCUAAUGUGAUACUUAUAAGUAAUUUUGUCUGUGUAAGAUAGAAUAAACCAUCUUGUAAGAUA